AUGAUAAAAGACAAGAGGGGAUCGACUGAGAUAAUCGAGAGCGACGCCAGAGUCCCAGAUCAAAGGCAGCCUCUCCUAAUGAGUAGGCCCGCCUUUGAGCUUCUUCUGAUGUUUGUUCCUUCUGUUCCUCCUGCCUCUGGGCAUCCACCUGCAGAUGACGUUAACAAUGAUAUAGAUCCUAUAUCCCAGCUUAAGUGUCGCCCUGAAGGCUGUGAAGUAUCGUGGCCUGAACGCGAGGCCGCCCGGAUAGCCGCCGGUCGGGCUUUCCUCCUGGCCGGUGUGAGGUCCCCCUUCGGUGGACUGCCACCCUCUGGCGGUGACGAGGGACAAGUGGUGCUCCAGAGCUCGCUGCCCGUGACAACACCCGAACAAUGCCCUUCAGUAGUUUCUUUACUAGCCGAGAGCUACAAUCCGCAUGUACGCUACGGAGCAGCCAUGGCUUUGGGAAUCGCUUGUGCUGGUACUGGUCUCAAGGAAGCAAUUGGCCUGCUGGAUCCGAUGACAAAUGAUCCAGUAAACUUUGUCAGACAAGGAGCUCUCAUUGCUUCCGCAAUGAUUUUGAUUCAGCACACAGAACAGACGUGUCCUAAAGUCAAAGACUUCCGUAGCUUAUAUGCUAAAGUAAUUGUGGACAAACAUGAGGAUGUCAUGGCUAAAUUCGGUGCUAUUCUUGCACAAGGAAUAAUUGAUGCAGGUGGGCGCAACGUUUCCCUUUCGCUGGAAUCAAGAACCGGACACACCAACAUGUUAGCUGUUGUUGGUAUGUUGGUGUUCACCCAAUACUGGUACUGGUUCCCGCUGGCCCCUUUCUAUGGUCUUAUUAUCAUCAUUAUGAUGCCCAAGCUUGAAAUCAGAAGCAAUGCCAAGCCAUCGAUGUUUGCCUAUCCUCCGCCAUUAGAAGAAAAGAAGAGAGAGGAAAGAGAGAAAGUGACAACAGCCGUUUUAAGUAUUGCAGCAAGAGCUCGUAGGAGAAUCACUGCACGUCUUGAAAGUUCCAAGAUGGAAGUUGAUGAAGAAGCUAAGAAAGAAGAAGAAAAAGAAAAGGAGAAAAAAGAGAAAGAAGAAAAGGAAAAGAAGGAAGAAAAGAAACCAGAACCCAACUUUGAAAUAUUAAGUAAUCCUGCUCGAGUUAUGAAAAAUCAGUUGAAGGUGUGUACCCUAGUGGACUCUGGUAGCUAUGUUCCUUUGAAGGAUAUUUCCAUCGGUGGCAUCAUCAUGGUUCGUCAUGUUAAAGCUGGAUCUGAAGAGGAGCAACUGGUGGAACCAGUUGCAGCUUUUGGGCCGAAGCCUGAUGAUGAAAAGGAACCAGAGCCACCAGAACCAUUUGAAUACACCGAGGAAUAG